AUUAAUGUCACAGCAAUAUGGAGGCAAAAAUGAAAAUCGUUCCCAAUCUUGAAUGUUGAACACGCUCGAUUUAGUGUGCUUUGAUAUUUCAAACUUGACAAGGUGUGUAUGUUAGCAGCUGCCACGCUGGAGCCAGAUGAUAUGAUCGCUGCGUGCGAAACCCAGGACUUUGUGCCAUUCGGACGCGAAUACAGCAGACAUCACCCUGGGAAAUUCCAGCUACAAGUCCAGAACACUGCCCAUGCUGACCAUGGCUUACCACUGCUUAAAUCCUUCAGAGAUAUUUCUCUGCAUGAUUCAUCUAAGAAAGAGCAGUGGGUGUUUGCUUCCCAUGAAGACAGCAGUGGUAGCAGCUUUGAUGAGGAACUGUAUGUCAGUGGAAACACUGUUGUGUGGAGUAGGGGUGGUCAAGAUGGCGUCCGCUCUGUCGUCAAGACGUACACUGUUGACACGCCUGUGCUACAGGCUCUGUGGUGUUCGUUUGUGCUGCCCCACAAGGAUGUUCAGCUGGACUUGUACCCAACAUUUGAUGUGCCAGGUAUGAUCCAGACUGGUGUGUGUGUUGUGGAAGCUACCAACGUCACUUUCUUCAUGGACAAGGGAGGGGAGUAUGUCGCAGCUCUGCCCUUCCAGGUUGCCAAAAUGUGGAAAAUGAAAAAUGGACUGAUAUUUGAGAGAACCCUUUCUCAUGCUGAAAUUACCAUGCCAAAAAAGAACGCUCCCAACCAGACUGUGUUGUUCAGUAUGCUGCAUCCCCUGGACGAGGUGGCUCCCAUCAUCACCAAGACUUCGGGUGGCGGUGGCUCCCCCAAAGUCGGCUACAUGACAGACAACACGCAGCACCUGGUGUUCACCAGCACAAACCCCUCCCUGGCAUUCACGUACGACACCGAGCUCGGACUUCACUCUGUGUGGAGGAUACGCUCAGCCAGAGCAGACGAGCAGAGCACUCUGUCCGUUGCCCUGGACAACACCAGCUUCCUCCACCUGAUGUCCGGGACCCCUGGGCACAACCAGUCCAGCAGCAACCACUCCCGCUUCUUCACCAACAUCUCCGGCCAGUCCCCAUGUGUCUCCCCACUCCGCAGCUUCUCCGGGCGGAUCUCCUCCCCUGCGGGACUAUCACGGAUGCAGAGUCCUAGUGUCACCAACAUGGCCGCCGUCAGUCGCUCACAGUCCCCUGGCCUGGCAGGGUCGUCGUCCAUGUACAGAUUCCACUCCCCGUCCCCUGCCUCCGCCCGCUCCCCUGGGGCCUACUUCCGCACCCCCAGCGGCUCUCAUAAUGUCUCCCUCACUGGCAAUGACAGCAUCACCGAGUUUGAGGCUCCCCUAAAACCGGAGAUAUGUUUCGAUCAUCUGUGGACUGAACCACCCCCUCCAAUGAGGGAUGGACCACUGGGAAAGUCCUCCAAAGCGUUCCUGUGUAAAGACUUCUGUGGCCAGCAGUAUCUGUGUUUCAUGGUGCCCUACAGACAACAGCUCAGAUGUGUCAAGUUUGAGGAGAGCAAUGACCUGAGUCAGCUGAUUUUCGGCUCCAUCACUGUGCUACAGGCCAAGGAUGUCACACCCAUUGAGAGUCUGGACCUGCUACUGGUGCUGGAGCCUUCUGGGAUCAUUGUGGUGUAUACAGGCACUACCAAGGUCAGUCACGUGCACAUCCCGAUGUUACCUGUUGGGUCAUGGUCUGCAAGCAUGCAGAGAGCGGUCACCCCCUUGGGGAGCCCUGCCCGGGGGGGUAUCUUCACCUCCAGCCGACCUCCCAGUGCUAUGGAUGCAAGGUUUGAUGAUGAGUUUAACUACAUCUCACCAGUCCCCUCCGAGACAGAUGAUAUGAGUCAGCUGGACGCCUCCAUCAGUGAUGUAGCAACAGGUGGCAACAGCUUCAUUCAGAAUCUCAGGGACAACGUUGGCAACAGGUUCACAAUUGAACUGUUAAGUGGGCAGCUCUGUCGGACAUCCAUGCCGCCACUCAGCAAGUCACCGGGAAUUGGGAUGUGUCUGCAAGCUCUGAAGCACCUGUUGCCAAGGGAUACUGCUCUGCAGGUGCUGGGGAAGUGGUAUACCUCCCACAACACCCCAGGUAGCCCCGGCAACCAGUCGGAGUGGAUGCUGUUCACCAAGUGUCUGCUGACCAUGAUGGGGUAUGACAUCAGUAGACUUGCUCUCACCAGCAAGCGUGACCUUGACACUUCUAUGUCCCCAGUCAUGUCUGCAAAGAGAGCGAGGCCCUCAGACCAGGGCUCGGAGGAUGAUUGGGAUAAUCUUGUCAACUCGGACCACCACCGCUUUGUGUCAGAGAAUUUGGAGGAUGCACUAGAGUUGUCUCCCUGCACAGCCAUCCCAGAUCGAGUGGCCUACUCCAAGCCCUGCUCCAUCAACGACAACAGCCUCCUGUUUGUACACAGCCCUGCUGUCAUGCUGGCUCUGCACCUUGUCUACGAGGAGAUGAAGUUGAAUGUUCUGCUGGCUGAGGAACUACAAGACCUGGCUACGGUUCUGUUCCAAAUUGCAAGUGAUCUGAAGUGCUUGGCGUACACAGACUACUAUUGUCGUGACUUCCCUGGCUUGUACGAUGCUUCUGACGACAUCAGCCAGAUCACAGAGGAUGACCUUCGGAAGAUGCAGUACCCCUCCGUGUUCCCCCGACAGGUGCCCAGCGUCCAGCAAUGGAUCUACUACUACCUGCGCGGCCAGGACUGGACACCUCUGCCCUACAUCCCCACCGUCUGCAACAACAUUAGGAAUGUCGUCACACUAUAUGCUAUACUGCUGAACAAAGAUCUCUUGACAGAGCAGGCCAUGGAGAAAUGUCUCAAGAAAAUUGCCCCAGCAGGUCACCGAGCACCUACGGCGGACCUAUCCAUGUCUCAAAGCUUCCAGACCUACCCUCACAUCGAUGUCUCAGAGCGGCUCAUACUCACUAUGUCUGAGAUGGGCAUAUUGCAAAAAGACCUGGAGUGUCUACCAGUGGGUGUUGCCCUUCCAUUUCGAGAGGCCAUCCUACACUGCAGAUGUAACCCUCCAUCUGAUUGGCCAGAAGCAGCAUACAUCAUGAUUGGUCGACAAGACCUGGCACAGUUGAUGUCUGCCCAGAAUCAGAAGCCUCGCCCCCCUCAGGGCAGCCUUUCCACUCCGUCCUCACCCCAAGGGAAAGGCAGCAAGGAGGAGGAGGAUGGGAUGGAGCACAUGGACGAGGAGCUGCUGAAGCUGCGGUUCAGUGACGACUUGCGGGUCCAGGAAGUCCGGAGACUACUGCAGUCAGCCAGGCCGGCCAGGAUUGCCCUAGUACAGAGGCCAGAAGUUAGUGACCACGACUUCAUUGAAGAGCAAGAGAGACACCUUCUGGCUAUCUGUAUCAGGACAAUGUCACUCCCUACAGGAAGGGGAAUGUUCACCUUGUCAACAUACCAGCCCCUUCCGACAGAGACUCUCCCUAUCCCCAAGCUCUGUCUCACAGGGAGAGCUCCACCAAGGAACACAACAGUUGAUCUCACACACAUCGACACUCCCGCCAACAUGGCUGCCUGGCCUCAGUUCCACAACGGUGUCGCUGCUGGACUCAGGAUAGCCAACGUAUCUCAAGUUGAAUCGACAUGGAUUAUAUACAAUAAGCCCAAGAGUAAUGAGUUGUCAAACGAGUAUGCUGGCUUCCUGAUGGCUCUGGGGCUCAACAACCACCUGGUGAAUCUCAACACCCUCAAUGUGCAUGACUACCUCAGUAAGGGGCAUGAGAUGACGACUAUUGGUUUACUUCUUGGUUUAGCAGCAGCCAAAAAGGGAACAAUGGAUAUGGCCAUCACUCGUCUGCUGAGCAUCCACGUGCCAGCCCUGCUCCCACCUACAUCCACCGAGCUGAACAUUCCACACAACAUCCAGGUGGCAGCCAUACUGGGCGUCGGCCUUGUCUACCAGGGGACGGGGCACCUGCACAUGGCAGAGACACUGUUGUCUGAGAUAGGUCGCCCUCCAGGCCCUGAGAUGGAGAACUGUUCGGAUAGGGAGUCCUAUGCUCUGGCAGCUGGUCUGGCUCUGGGACUACUUAUGUUUGGGAAGGGGAGACAGACGGUGGGUCUGUCCGACCACAGCAUGGCAGACAUCUUGUGUCACUUCAUGGUGGGCGGUCACAAGAGGCCCUUGCCUGGUCCUUACAAGGAUAGAUACAAGUCCCCCAGCUACCUUAUAUGGGAGGGUGACAGUGUGAAUGUCAAUGUGACGGCACCAGGGGCAACUCUGGCGCUGGGGAUGCUGUUCUUCAACACCGGCAACAGUGCUGUAGCUGAGUGGCUGAAAGCACCGGAUACUCAGUUUAUGUUGGACCAUGUCCGCCCGGACUUCCUGUUGCUCAGGACCCUGAGUCGAGGCCUGGUGAUGUGGGACUCCAUUGUGCCCAACCUCAGUUGGGUUGGCAGCCAUAUACCGGAGAUUGUAAAGAAGUAUGCCUUUAAGAAGAAUCAAACAGUGGAAGAAGAGGAUAUUUUCAUUGACUUUGAAACAAUGAGCCAAGCUUACUGUAACAUAGUUGCCGGGGCAUGCAUGGCGCUCAGUCUCAAGUUUGCUGGAUCGGCCAACCAGACUGCUUACAAUACUCUAAUGGACUGUAUGAAGCGUUGUCUCCAGGCGUUGUCUGUCCCCAGCUACUGUGAACAGGCAGGCAAGAGCUCUGUGGAGAAUGGACUGUGUGUCAUACUCACGGGAUUAGCCAUGGUGAUGGCUGGCACAGGGAACCUGGAGGUGAUGAGGAUAUGUCGCAUGUUGAGGAAAAGAGUUGGUCCCCAGUACUCCUACAUGAUGUAUGGCUCUCACAUGUCCAUAGCCAUGUCUACCGGGCUGCUCUUCCUGGGUGGUGGCAGGUACACACUGAGCACAAAGCCCGAGGCUAUAGGAGCACUGCUGUGUGCCUUCUUCCCCAUCUACCCAGCUCACAGUAAUGACAACAGGUAUCACCUUCAAGCAUUCCGCCACCUGUACGUGUUGGCAGCUGAGCCGAGGCUUGUCCUGCCCCGAGAUGUGGACACGGGCCACAUCUGUUAUGUCCCUCUGGAGAUCAAGUUCAAGGACUGUGUCUCGUACAAGAAUGUCAACUACAGGAUCAUGGCUCCCUGCAUCCUUCCAGAGCUGGAUCGUAUUGAGGAGAUCAAGGUACUGGGGCCCAGAUAUUGGCCUGUUACAUUCCGUGUCGACAAAAACUGGAACACUAUCAUGGCUCUGCUCCAGAAGAAUGGUACACUCAGUGUGAAGCAGAGGGCCGGACAUCUGUCUUACAUGGAAGACCCACAGGGUUAUCGCAGUAUGCUUGCUAAAUCUCUCACUUCGGACCAUUCAUGUCACUGUUCAAAUAAGCCAAACAUCAUCAAGUCUUUCACAUCGGACCCACGGAUUAUAGCAUUAGCAGAGUUUUUCCUCAAGUCCAAAGAGGACAUGGACCUGUCCACGGUGCAGGAGCUGUCCACUGUUGUGUAUGAGUGUGUGACCCAGGAGAAGCCUGAAGCCACCUGCCUCCACUUCAUCCUGGAGCAGCUCAUCCACCAGUGUCAGAAGGGGCUCCACACCACCGGGGUGUGGCAGCUCAAGUUGGUGCUGGCUUACUACACCAGCAGGUACCGCAUCAACCACACCGCAGAAGACCAGCCACAACACCUCCUGGAGAUGGAGUUCUUACUGUGCCUGAAGAGACAUCUAGAGGACACACUGGAUAAGUGGCAUAUAGACAAUGUGGAGUUGUUCCUGCGUUACCUGAAGGGGGAGGAGAUGAAGGGGCAGGAGAUCACCUGUCUGUCGGGAUUCCUAGCAUGGUUCGACAUCCCCCACCCAGAAGACAUUGCUCCAGUAUUAGCUAAAGGAGAGUCCAGCCUCCCGGUGUUGUGUAAGCAGCUGCCUGGACUCAGUGUUGUGACAAUCAUGAGGCUCCUAGCCUCCAGACAAUCGGCCUCCACGUGACCGCCACCCUUGGCAGAGUCAUUCCAUCAUAACAGCACUACACAAGCUAAGGCCACCCUCUUAAAUCAAAUGUCAGUCUGCUGAUCUGCUGAUUCACAGCAAGACAAGCGAAGGAACAUUCCUGACCAUAGUCAACUGACCACUGGCCACACAGUGUCCAGACUAUGCAUCGUCAUCUCAAGUACAACACAAGACACGCUGAGACUCAACCUUGGCCAUAGAGUAGUGUUUACAUUUUCGUAAUCAUUUCAGAACAAUACUCAUCGAGGGCACCGUUCUCCAGUCAGGGGCCCUCUAGUACUGUAGUGUUAUGUCCUCUGAUCAACUAAUGGACAGCAGAGGUGGAAUUUAGGGACACUCUCCUUGUGAUCCUUGACCAGUCACUACAUUAUCUUUGUUGACACUACAGAGUUCAUGUUAAAGGGACACUCUCCUUGUGAUCCUUGACCAGUCACUACAUUAUCUUUGUUGACACUACAGAGUUCAUGUUAAAGGGACACUCUCCUUGUGAUCCUUGACCAGUCACUACAUUAUCUUUGUUGACACUACAGAGUUCAUGUUAAAGGGACACUCUCCUUCACAAAAACGACCGAUAGCCACUGCAUAGUGUCCAGUCGAUCCAGUCGAUCCAGUGACGUCUGAAACACAACACAUUACAUGUUAAAGGGACGCUCUCCUUCAAUAAUUGUUGGUCUUCAUAGUGUCCAGUCAAUCCAUUGACGACUGAAACACAACACAUUACAUGUUAAAGGGACGCUCUCCUUCAAUAAUUGUUGGACAUCAUAUAGUGUCCAGUCAAUCCUUUGAAAUCUGAAACACAACACAUUACAUGUUAAAGGGACACUCUCCUUCAAUAAUUGUUGGUCUUCAUAGUGUCCAGUCAAUCCAUUGACGACUGAAACACAACACAUUACAUGUUAAAGGGACGCUCUCCUUCAAUAAUUGUUGGACAUCAUAUAGUGUCCAGUCAAUCCUUUGAAAUCUGAAACACAACACAUUACAUGUUAAAGGGACACUCUCCUUCAAUAAUUGUUGGCCAUCACAUAGUGUCCAGUCAAUCCACAUAUUUGAGGGACACUCUCCUUCAGUCAAAUCACUAUAGUGGCCAUAUGGCAUGGUCCAGUCAUUCUAUUGUCAUGUUAACACAACACAGUACAGUUUGAGGGUCACUCUCUUUCAGCAUGUUCAGUCACGUGUUGUCAAAUCAUCUCUUAUUCUGCUAGAUUCUUGUUAUGAAACCUCUGGUAUAGUUAAUGACCUGCUGCCACAAUAUAGUUCAAUCCUUCUGUGUCAACCACAGUCAACCAUUGUGAUGUGCUACCCUUCCUAGUGUUACAAGUCCACAUUGUCUUCUGUGUUUGUAUCAGUGUUAUGACAUCACACAUCAAAAAAUAACAUGUGGGACAUAUAGCCACACUGGAGACUGGAGACGUUCUUUUUCUUAACAGACAAAGCUGGUGAACAUGUUUCCAUUGUCAUACUCAUUUAAUGACUGGACCAUUGAAAUGUGUUUGGGACUGUUUUGGGUGAUAUGCAUGGUAAGCUGAGGGAGCAGACAGUCUUCUCAAUAUUGUGUUGCCAUAGAAACAAGUGUUGAGGUCUAUGCUGAGCUGAGGGAGAAGACAGUCUUCUCAAUAUUGUGUUGCCAUAGAAACAAGUGUUGAGGUCUAUGCUGAGCUGAGGGAGAAGACAGUCUUCUCAAUAUUGUGUUGUCAUGGAGAGAAGCUGAGCUGAGGGAAAAGACAGUCUUCUCAAUAUUGUGUUGUCAUGGAGACAAGCUGAGCUGAGGGAGAAGACAGUCUUCUCAAUAUUGUGUUGCCAUAGAAACAAGUGUUGGGGUCUAUGCUGAGCAGAGGGAGAAGACAGUCUUCUCAAUAUUGUGUUGUCAUGGAGACAAGCUGAGCUGAGGGAGAAGACAGUCUUCUCAAUAUUGUGUUGCCAUAGAAACAAGUGUUGCGGUCUAUGCUGAGCAGAGGGAGAAGACAGUCUUGUCACUAUUGUGUUGCCAUGGAAAGGAAACAAGUGUUGAGGCCUAGGUUGAGUCAACAUUUGUCUUUGCUAGAUGGAAGCCUGUCAGUUUCUGAAUAUUAAGAUAUGAUGUCAGGGAUUAGCAGGCAAGAACCAAACCAGAACUGACAUUGGAUGCAUGGCACUUGAAAGCAGGUAUGCCCAUGGCAGAAUGUCUGAAUGUACAAUACCUAGUCCAGCUUCAAUGCUUUUUUUCACAAUAGUAUCUGUCCAUGUUAGUGAGAUUAACAUGUGAACCAAAUGUUUGCAUUAGCUAGAGAACCAUUAUGAAUCUCUAAUUUUCCAUUCUUCCUUCAUGCUAAGACACUGGGAAGGCUCUGUCAUAUAAGUUUGUUCUGUCAGCCUGUCCCAUAUGCAAUAUUAUGAGCAUCAUCAUGACUGUCUCACCACAACCCAUUGCCACACCUACACCCUUAGUCUAUCUACUUUCAUGCCUCACCCCUCACCCAUGCCCAUUAUGAUGCCACAUCCUACUUUUGUGCCCCACCCCUCACCCAUGCCCAGGGGCGGUCGGGUAGCCUAGUGGUAGCUCGUCAAGCCAAAGACCCGGGUUCGAUUCCCGACAUGGGUAAAAUGUGUGAAGCCCAUUUCUGGUGUCCCCUGCCGUGAUAUUGCCGGAAUAUUGCUAAAAGCGGCGUAAAACCAUACUCACUCACUCACUCACCCAUGCCCAUUAUGAUGCCACACCCUACUUUUGUGCCCCACCCCUCAUCCACACCCACACUCCACUUGCCUUCCAGAUCCCUCAUCCAUGCCCACAUAUAUUUAUAUGACUUGACUUUAGCCACACCACGCCCAUAUCUGUAACACAAGCCUGUAAACCAAGGUGGUAGGGGAUUAAGCUUAUAUACUCACCACCAAAAGAAACUCAAACCAUAGAAGGAUAUUGAGAAGAACAUGUAUGUACGUUAGGAAGAGAUGUCUCCAAUGUGUACCACUUAUUGACAAAACUAACAGUCAAGUGUUACCACAGCGCGUCUUUAUUCUUUUCACAAUAUGCUGCACAUGAUUUCCAAACUUUACACGCUAAUCCUACAAGAGACAAUAUGUGUGUCUCGAGUCUUGAAUCUAUGAUGUCAAAUGUGAUGCAUUCAUGAGCAUCGGUUCACAGUAUGUUUGUUUGUGCAUCAAACCAACCUAAUAUCUCUUGAAUAUGUCUUCAUAUGUCAACCAACAUGUAUGGUA